AUGCCGCGGAGGGGAGCGGAGGCGCCGCUGGCCCUGUUGCUGGCGGCGGCGUGGCUGGCGCAGCCCCUGCGCGGCGGCUACCACGGCGUGAGCGUGUUCGCCGUGCAGAGCGCCCAGCCCGACCCCUGCUACGACGAGCACGGGCUGCCCCGCCGCUGCAUCCCCGACUUCGUCAACUCGGCCUUCGGCAAGGAGGUGAAGGUGUCCAGCACCUGCGGGAAGCCGCCGUCGCGGUACUGCGUGGUGACGGAGAAGGGCGAGGAGCAGGUCCGCACCUGCCACCUCUGCAACGCCUCCGACCCCAAGCGCGCCCACCCGCCCUCCUUCCUCACCGACCUCAACAACCCGCACAACCUGACCUGCUGGCAGUCCGACAGCUACGUCCAGUAUCCCCACAACGUCACCCUCACCCUGUCCCUCGGCAAGAAAUUCGAGGUGACCUACGUCAGCCUGCAGUUCUGCUCGCCGCGCCCCGAGUCCAUGGCCAUCCACAAGUCCAUGGACUACGGCAAGACCUGGGUGCCUUUCCAGUUCUACUCCACGCAGUGCCGCAAGAUGUACAACAAGCCGAGCCGCGCCGCCAUCACGAAGCAGAACGAGCAGGAGGCGGUGUGCACCGACUCGCACACCGACGUGCGGCCCCUCUCCGGCGGCCUCAUCGCCUUCAGCACCCUGGACGGCCGCCCCACCGCCCACGACUUCGACAACUCGCCCGUGCUGCAGGACUGGGUGACGGCCACCGACAUCAGGGUGACCUUCAGCCGCCUGCACACCUUCGGCGACGAGAGCGAGGACGACUCCGAGCUGGCCCGCGACUCCUACUUCUACGCCGUGUCCGACCUGCAGGUCGGCGGGCGCUGCAAGUGCAACGGGCACGCGUCGCGCUGCGUCCGGGACCGCGACGACAGCUUGGUGUGCGACUGCAAGCACAACACGGCCGGCCCCGAGUGCGACCGCUGCAAGCCCUUCCACUACGACCGGCCCUGGCAGCGAGCGACGGCCCGGGAGGCCAACGAGUGCGUGGCCUGCAACUGCAACCUGCACGCGCGGCGCUGCCGCUUCAACAUGGAGCUGUUCAAGCUGUCGGGGCGCAAGAGCGGCGGCGUGUGCCUCAACUGCCGGCACAACACGGCGGGCAGGCACUGCCACUACUGCAAGGAGGGCUUCUACCGCGACCUCAGCAAGCCCAUCUCCCACCGCAAGGCCUGCAAAGAGUGCGACUGUCACCCCGUGGGCGCGGCCGGCCAGACCUGCAACCAGACCACGGGCCAGUGUCCCUGCAAGGACGGCGUCACCGGCAUCACCUGCAACCGCUGCGCCAAGGGCUACCAGCAGAGCCGCUCCCCCAUCGCCCCCUGCAUAAAGAUCCCGGCUGCUCCGCCCACCACGGCCGCCAGCAGCGCCGAGGAGCCCGCAGAUUGUGACUCGUACUGCAAAGCCUCCAAGGGGAAGCUGAAGAUCAACAUGAAGAAGUACUGUAAGAAGGACUAUGCUGUCCAGAUCCACGUGCUGAAGGCAGAGAAGAAUGCGGACUGGUGGAAGUUCACGGUGAACAUCAUCUCCGUCUACAAGCAGGGCAGCAACCGCAUCCGGCGCGGCGACCAGAUCCUGUGGAUCCACUCCAAGGACAUCGCCUGCAAGUGCCCCAAAGUCAAGCCCAUGAAGAAGUAUUUGCUGCUGGGCAACAACGAGGACUCUCCCGACCAGAGCGGCAUCAUUGCAGACAAAACCAGCCUGGUGAUCCAGUGGCGGGACACGUGGGCCCGGCGGCUCCGGAAGUUCCAGCAGCGGGAGAAGAAGGGGAAGUGUAAGAAAGCCUAAAGGAGGAGGAGGAGAGGGAGAGACUGACUGUGCAUGCUGCUUUGUGUAGAGCUGGGACAGGCAGGGACCGGCUGCCAGG